UGCUGCGGUACGUGAGAAUUAAUCGUAAGUUGUACCGGGAAAACUGUGCGUGUUGUGCGUACAUUGUGCUGUACGUGUACGUGAACAGAUACGUACUACGACUUCAUCCAGGCUUGCCUUUAACUAAUAAAGUACUCUGUAUUGCUACUUCUAUACGGCGUAUCGUACUUGCCGGAAGUUGCGUACAGAACAUGUUUGCACAUACAGGAAUAAUAAUACAUGACUCAUCGGCGUUUGUUAUGACGGGCGUUGAUGGUUGCAUUGAGCAGCGGUCGUACUUGUACGUGGCGUUAUUUGUUUGUUGGAUGUUUCUUCUCACGCCGCUUCUUGUCCUGUCGUUGGCUCGCCGGAAUGCCAAUUGGCAAUUGCGAUGCAUUCUGUUUAUCUCACCGGAAGACAGCCUGUAUAGUUCUGUCGACGUGUGCAUAAUAAUAUUUACGAAGAAUUCUUAUUAUGAGGAAUUCUAAAGGACACCACGAGGAAGACGUUAGAAUGCCGGUAUAUAAUAUUAUGCGAUCGUGAGAUGGCCCUGGCCGAGGCGGAGGACGGGGUGUGGCGCGGCAACCGCAGCUGGCCGCCCGAGUCGACGACGGGCGAAUCGGCCGCGGAGGAUUUCGAGUACGCGGACCUGAUGCAGGUGGCCGGCGUGCGGCAGGUCUUAGUGGCGGCCUACCUGCUGAUCAUCGUGCUGACGGUGCUCGGCAACGGCCUGGUCAUCCUCGUCGUCCUCGGGCAGCGCCGCAUGCGCACCAACGUCAACUACCUCAUCUGCAACCUCGCCGUGUCGGACGUGCUGGUGGGGGCCUUCGUCAGCCCGGUGAAGCUGCUGGAGAUGCUCGUGCCGCCCGAGUACCGACUGCUCAGUGAGCCGCUGUGCACGGCGCUGUCGUUCGCGCAGUCCGUGGCCGUCUUCUCCACCAUCCUCACGCUCCUCAUCAUCUCCGUGGAAAGAUUCGUGGCCAUCGUGUAUCCGCUGCACUCGCGCCGCUUCGGCAACCGGCUGCGCAUCAAGGUGUACAUCGCGCUGACCUGGCUGCUGGCCGCCGUCAUCAGCAUUCCCACGCUGCUGGGCAGCAGUCCGCGCACCAUCCGCUGUCACAGCGCGUACGGCCGCCUGCAGGUCUCCAUCUGCGAGGACGCCUUCGCGCCCGACUUCCGCAAGGGCUACUUCCUCUUCCUCUUCAUCGUGGUGUACGGCCUGCCCCUGCUCAUCAUCCUCACCACAUCCGGCCUCAUUAUCCGCACGCUCUUCCGCACACAGCACAUCCUUCCGCUUCCGCUCCAUCCCCAUCACAACGGCAAUCUCCACAACGACACCAACGCCAACGGCAGCGCUCCUUCGCCCUUGAGCUCCGCCGAGACGGCCAGCCGGCGCCGCGCCUCCUCCCUGCGCCCCGACGCCCUCGACCACCUCACCGCCGGCGCCGCAAACAACAACCAACGCCACCAGGAUAACCGCCGAAAGGUAGCCGCCAUGAUGGUGGUGGUCAGCAUCGGAUUCGCCAUCUGCUGGUCGCCCUACUUCUUCGUCACCAUCUUCGUGGAGUACAUCUACAAUUUCUUCGAGAAGAGCAACUUUUUCUUUACCUUGCGCCUGAUCAGUCUGCUGGGCUUCCUGAAUUCCGCGAUUAACCCGUUGAUCUACCUGAUGAACGAGCGCUUCCGCGAGCAGUACCUGCGCAUCCUGGAGGAGUGCUGCUGCGCGUUGUGUCUCCGCAGCGGCCGUUGGCGCCGGCGCAGCCGCCAACGCCAGCCCUCCUGGCAACACUCCGUCUUCCGCCGCGGCACCCAACGCACGCUGUGCUCGCGCGCCGGCUCCGUGCAGGUGGACGCCGGCCCGGAGGAGGACGACAAGGGACACCCGCUGCGCCGGUUAAGCCGGCGCCUGCGUCUCCGCAGCCUCCCGGUGGCGUGCUACGGGACUUCCGGUGACCCUUCGACCUUCCCCGGCGCCCCGCCCACCGCCCGCCGGCUGGUGCGCACCGCCAGCGAGACGGCCGACCGAGCGAAGCGCCACCGGCCGUUUCUGCGCGCCAACUCGGACAUGCCGCGGAUGGCGCACGCCGCCGUCCAGACGGGGAACGGUGGCGCCGUCUGGCGGCGGAUGCAGUCACCGGAAGCGGGUUUCGACGCGGAUGUCGUCCUCACCAUUCCCGACACGAUCCACGAGGAUACCGUCAUAUGAACACGUUAUGAUGGAGGAUAAAUAUUUUUAUGUGAUUUUGCACAGCUGUGCCUGUUGCGUUUUCAACGCGAUGACUGUGUUUUUUCAAUUUCAUACAGACAUUUUUGCUCAUUUAAACAGAGUAAUUAAUUCAGCGGUUAUGAUCGAAAUACGGUCUGUUCUAAAGGAUUAUAAACUGGACUA